UCUGUCUGAGCACUGAAUGCCCAUCCCACUCUCAAAGGAGCUGCACACACACUCUGGCAAACACACUUACCACACUGGCAGUCAGAGCACACACAGCUCCAUUCACCAGUUAUAAAACAAGAGCCACUUCCAGUUAAAGGACAUAAAGCCCAGAUCCGAGCUCCAGUAUGGAUGCGCUGAAGAAGGGAUUCUCCAUGGCUAAGGAGGGAGUGGUGGCCGCCGCCGAAAAAACCAAGGCAGGGGUGGAGGAGGCAGCUGCCAAAACCAAAGAAGGGGUCAUGUACGUAGGCGCAAAGACAAAGGAAGGUGUUGUGACAAGUGUAAACACAGUUGCCCACAAAACAACUGAGCAGGCGAAUCUUGUGAGUGAGACUGCCGUGGUUGGAGCCAAUCAGGCGUCAGAAAAGGCGGUGGAGGGGCUGGAAAGUGUGGUCGCAUCCACUGGCCUUGUCAAACCGGGUGAGCUGACGAAGCAGGAGGGAGAUGUAGAGCAGCCUACAGACGCUGGACAGUAGGGAGAUGUCACACUGAACGCCCCUGUGAUGCUCUUCACAAAAAAAACA